CUCCUUUUUUUUUUUUUUUUGGUAAAACUUUCACCUUUCUUCACCAUGUCGAGCAUUCAAGAGAUUCUGUCUAAAUUUCAAUUUGAAAGGGUUCUUUCCAACGACACGAGGGGAAAGUUAGUUUAUAUCCUGGGACAAGUGGAAGGACAAGAUUGCAUUGUUUCCUUUGAAAAGACACAAUACGAUGAAUCCGUCAUUCCUCAAUUAACAAGUUCGGUCGGUACGAUGGACGACGUGGUUGAAAAUAAUAUUUACGGCUGGUGUAUGACCGCCAUGAAAUACAAUGUAUUAGAUACACGCGUCAAAACCAUUUUCCCUGCCACCGAUGUCCAUAUUGCCAAGUACGAGGCUCAAGCACGUGUGAUGGUGAUUGAAACGCCUGCGCUCUAUCAAAGCAUCACUUUACCUUAUAUUCAACGUAUUCCCAAAAAGCGUACACAGUGGGUAGACAACAUUUUGGAUGGAACUGCCGAGGCAGAUCGAGUGAUUUAUCAUGAUAAGGACCCCGAGACUGGAUUUGUUGUUUUACCGGAUAUGAAAUGGGAUGGACAGAGUGAGACGUUGUACUGGGUGGCUAUUUCGAUGCAGAGUAAAAUACUAUCCCUUCGAUCACUGAAUGCAACUCAUCUCGCUUUCUUGAAAACCUUGAGAGACACCUGUUAUCAACUUGUCAAGGAAAAGGCAGGCUUAGAAUCAAAUCAAUUACGUUUAUUCAUUCAUUACCAACCUUCCUAUUACCAUUUCCAUGUACAUAUCACAGCGGUUUCUUUUGCAGAUGCACCCGGUGUGGUCUCUGGUCAAGCUCACUUGUUGGAUACCGUCAUUGAUAAUAUUGAACUCUAUCCAGACUACUAUCAAAAAGCUAGUUUACCCUUUGUUAUUGGCGAAAAGCAUGAAUUAAUCACCAACCAUGCAUGGUAAAAAUAAAUUUUAUGGCAUCCCAAAAAAAAAAGUGAUGUUUAUGUGUGCAUUUUAUACGUCCAAACUAUCAAGUUGGAUCUUGAUUCAUGUGUAGAUUUUUUUUUUUUUUGGCAUGACUACUCUCAC